UGAACUGUGCAAUCUUUAUUAUAGGAUCUAACUGUUCAAUCCUUUAUGUAUCGAUUUAGGAACAUCUCUGUUUGAUAAUUUUCAGUAGGCAAUCAAAGAUAUCUACACUUGUUCACAGCUUCUCUCUUUUUUGAGUAUUUUUAAUCAUGACGUUCUUUUUCUCUAUAUGGAAUUUGUUAUGAGCUGUGGGUGGAUGUCUGUUUGUAUGGGUCACUUGAUUACUAUAAUGAAUCACAUUUAGAACAAGGACACUGUAAAUUGAAUAAACAUGUGCUUUACACUUUUAUGCAUCAGGGCUAACUUCUCUUAUGGCAUUUUAGGGGUUACGAACUUGAAAAGCUAGCAGAUUUCCUGCAGCAAGGUUACAGAUUUUGGCAUUACUUAUUUGAAAGAUUGAUUGUGUAUGUUGGGCUAUUAUGACUGUGGGAUGCUUUUAUAAGUGUACUGCAUGGUUUGGAAUGUUAAGAUGAAGUUGUUCAACCAUUCAACAAUGAAUGUUCAUCCUCUCAACAAACCCUCCCCUCUUCCCUGGCUGGUCUGCAAAAGCUUUCUAUUUUGAACUUGGAGGGCUGCCCAGUUACAGCUUCAUGUUUGGAUUCUCUUUCAGGUUUGGGAAAUCUGGAGAGUAUAAAUCUGUCAUUCACUGUAGUUACUGAUAGUGGUUUAAGAAAACUGUCUGGAUUGUCAUCUCUUAAAUCACUUCACCUGGAUGCCUGUCAAAUCACAGAUGCCGGACUUUUAGCUCUUACAAGUUUGACUGGACUGACUCAUCUUGAUCUUUUUGGAGCUGGUACCACUGAUUCCGGGACAAAUUAUUUGCGAAGAGUAGAAGAAAACCAAAGUAGCAAAGAUGCAACGGAGAAUGUCUACAUCUGGGAGGCCUUCAGGCACAGAUGGCUCAGAUUUCUCUUAUCGGAUGGUUGUUGAUUCCCGAUAUCAAAAAGUAGCUCGUACAAAGUCUAUUUUGCGAUCUUUUUUUGUAGUUCAGGCUAUCACACUUAUGGUAGGACUGUUUUUGCUAAUUUUUCUAUCAACAUCAGAGGAUUUGGCUUCCCAUGGGCGUGAAAUUGCUGCUACCACUUGUGGUCUCAUUUCUUUGAUAAUAGGAGAAAUAGGUCGGAAGCGCAGCCGAGUGAAUGUGUUGAGAUUUUUUAUGGCCACUUCAUCCAUUGUUGUCACGUUCUUGAUGUAUUGCACUCUUUGCAAGUUUUCAAGAUUUAGGACUGCCAAAAACCCAAGUUACUGGGAAACAAUGUUGGAACUUCCUGAGGUAGCUCUUUCUCUAGUUGGACUGGUGUUUCAUUUAUUUAUCAUUGGCUACACAAUUCAUCUCAUUGGUAACAUGUCUCCUCCUAAGAGAGCUUCAUAGCUCUAUGGAUAUAGCUUGGUCACAAAUCCUACAUCAGUGGUAAAGAGCAAUUUGUUGUCUUACUCAUUCCCAUAAACUUUAUAAAUCAGGAAAGAUAGUCAGUCUAGUUAACAAUUUUUUUUUGCAGUUUUCGAAUUAGAUUGUUGGACCUGUGUUUUGUUCAUAAUUUGUUCAACAUUUUUGUCUACUUGCUAUUCAUGUCAAAGUAAAUGACCUUUAUGCUCCCAGAAAAAGAUAUGGAGCUGGAUACUAGGGAGUUCAAUCAUUUAUGUCUUUUUGGUUUUCUUGAAA